GUCUCUAAUUAAAGAGAAGAUGAGAGUAAAUAUUAUCCCUGUCAAUCUUCUUAGCCACAACCAAUCUAGAUCCGUGGGGGUCUGCCUAUAAAAGGAGGCUCACCGGGGUGCCCAGCCUCCAUUUUGUCUCAGCUUUUGGAGUGUACAGUGCUAGACACUUUACACUCUGGUAAACAGGACAGCAAGGAGACAAAAAGGGGUGUGAACCAGAGUGAGGACCGGACCAGCUCAGACCAGCGCAGACAGGACCAGACCGGAAGUACCACAGACGGCGCAGCAGCGGCAGCUGUGGCCUCGACCGGGAACUUUAGCGUUCUUCUGAGCAAGAACACCUGUGUUCCAGCCAGGGAGUGCUUUACUGCCUCCUCACAGAAAAUCUAGUUGACGGUGGAAGAAUUACCUGGAGUGGACUGCAAAAAAAAAAAAAAAAAAAAAAAACAGAACUGCAAGAGUCAAGAGAGUGUUGGUGUGUUCAGGCCAGAGUCUCUGUUCUAUACAGCAGCAAAUCCUAGGACUUGAUUGCUCUCCAUUCACUGUUUCUACCUGUGCUGAGUGCCUGUCCUAAGAUUCUGAUAGAGGUUGUUUUCCCUUGGCAUAUACACACACUGCUGAGUUGGGAAGCUGCUUCAUUUGCAUUUAGCAUCCAGUGCCAGUCUCUGGUAAACUUGGGAAACAAAUAGAAACUCCGAGAUUGUUAAUCAGUAUACGUGAGUUUACUUGCAAAGAAAAAAGAAGUAUGGAGCCCAUAUUGAUAAAUGCUCAAGUCCAGAUGUGGAGUGCAAAGGCAGGAAUGUCCAAGUCAAGAAAUGCACUCAUUGAAACAUGUGUAGGAAAACGAGAAGUUAAACUUAUUCUCUAUUUCAGCACUGGAAAGAUUAAGACUUUGCAACUACACGAUAAUAUUAAAAGUGUGGUCCUUCAAACCUAUGGCGAAGACCAGAAUUACCUACAUUUGACUUUUAAAAAUAAUGAUUUCUUGUUUGUUGAGAAACUCACCACCACAGAUGCCAGAAGACUGAAGAGAUUUCUAGACAAAACCUCUCAAGGUAGUAUUCGGCCAGCCAGAAGUGAUGAGAGAUGUGGUGAGCCUAGCACAAGUGCACAGGAGUUGAAUGGCUCUGGAAGUUCAUGUGAAACAAAUAGUGAGUGCUUUGAAUCACCCAAAGAAAGUGAAAUGUGCAUGUUUCGUGAGUUGUCUUUGCUUCCAUCCUCAUCAACCUUUCUUCACAAUGUAGGAUUAUUAGAAAACCAAUUCAUAAAGAGGAAAAGAUUUUUCUCUGAUUUAGCAAAAAAUGAAAAACAGAGCAACCUGAAGGACAGUAUCAGGGACUUUGAGGCAAAUUUAGUGGUGUGUAUCUCUAAUGAAAAGGGAAAAGAAAGGAAUGUAAGAGAAGUAGACAUCAGUAAGCCAGGGUUUGGAUUUCCAUUUGAGACCAACUAUCCUGAAGAUAGUGGUGUGGAUGUUCGUGAUCUUAAUGAUCUCAUUACAAAAUUAUUUUCUCCAGUUCUGUUGGAAACACACUGUAUUGAGAACGGCCUAGAGUGGCAUGAAUAUAUGAAGACAUACUUGCUUUACCCAGAGAAAUUGUGGCAAGGCCUGCCUAAUGUGGGAAACACCUGCUAUAUAAAUGUUGUAUUACAGUCUCUAUGCUCAAUACCACUGUUUAUUAAUGAUUUAUUCAACCAGGGUUUCCCAUGGAUUAAAGCUCCCAAAGAUGAUUUUAACAUGCUCUUGAUGCAACUGCUUGUUUUGAAAGAUAUUUACAACGCAAGAUUUAGACAGAAGUUACUUAUAGGUAUUACAAAAGCCCUCCCCAUAUUUGGAGAGAUAUUUGCUGUUGACAGGCAGAAUGAUGCUCAUGAGUUUUUAAGUCUCUGUUUAGUUCAGUUGAAGGAGACUUUCCAAAGAGUAACCAUGAUGUGGCAGUCUGAAAAUGAUUCGGGGGAUUUUUACUUACUUAAAGACAUUUUUGCUGAUUAUGCUACUAUCAACAAAAUGCCCGUUUGUCCUGUUACCAAUAAUUUUGAAUUUGAGUUGCUAAGCUCCAUUUUUUGUAAAGCUUGUGGCCUGACUCUUUUUAAGGGAGAACCAAGUAGAUACCUUUCUAUCAACAUUCCCCAAGGAGGGAAAGACAUGUCCAUCCAGUCCACUUUAGAUCUUUUCUUUAGUGCAGAGGAGCUUGAGCAUAGGUGUGAAAAGUGUUUGUACAACAAAUCUGUUUCAUUUCACAGGUUUGGCCGGCUACCCAGGGUAAUUAUUGUUCAUCUGAAACGCUAUCACUUUAAUGAGUCAUGGGUAAUGAAGAAGGAUGAGCGGCCCAUCCUUGUUUCCAAAUACUUAAGGCUGUCUUGUCACUGUAGCAAAAGCACAAAACCGCCCCCACCCCUUCGCCCAGGUGAACAUGUUAAGAAUCUUGACUUAUUAAAACCCCUUGAAGUGUUGGGUUCCGAAAUACUCAAAUUGCCUUUUAAUUCAGUGAGGACCUCUAGAUCCAAGGGUUUCGAAACUAUAAACAUCACAUCAAACAGGGAGUCAGAAGCACAAAGUGGGAAAAGAGUCUCUGAAGUGUUGAGUGGAAAAGUGCAGCAGGAAAAUUCAGGGAAAGGUGACACAGCACAUAUAGUUGGGUCAGAACUUACAAAGGAGACUGAGAAACUCAAGAAACAUGAGGAAGAGCAUAGACCCAGUGAUUUAGAUUCUGGUAGUAUCAGGGAGGCCCAAAAGUACCAACAGGCUGAGAAAUGUAACGAAGGGAGAAGUGAUAAGCAGAUUUCCCUAGAGGCACUUACUCAAAGCCGUCCAAAACCAAUCUCCCAGGAACAGACAGAAAACCUUGGGAAAACUACACUGUCACAUACCCAGGAUAGUAGUCAGAGUUCACAGAGCUCAUCAGAUUCCAGUAAGAGCUCCCGAUGCAGUGAUGAUCUCGAUAAGAAGGCAAAGCCUACACGCAAGGUGGAUCCAACAAAGUUAAAUAAAAAAGAAGAUAAUGUUUACAGGCUUGUUAAUAUUAUCAACCAUAUUGGGAACAGUCCCAAUGGAGGCCACUACAUCAAUGAUGCCUUUGACUUCAAGAGGCAGAGUUGGUUCACUUAUAGUGAUCUACAUGUAACAAGAACCCAAGAGGACUUUGUAUAUAGGGGUCGGAGUUCUACUGGGUAUGUCUUCUUUUACAUGCAUAAUGAUAUAUUUGAAGAGCUCUUGGCAAAGGAAACUCAGUCUACCAGCACAUCCAAGGGUUAGUAAGAGGAGUGUAUGCUUCACAGUACAUGUCUAUCCAAAUGCCUCACUUAUCUAAAUUGGAUAGAGAAGGACAGAUAAUUAGCCCAGGACCAACAGCUCAACGAACAUUUAUAGAGAAACGUUUGUUCCAACCCUGACCACAUCAGUCUUAUAAUUACAGCUCAUGCUAAUGAGUGUUCUCUUAUACAAGUUUGGAACUGUAACUUUUGUAUAGUAUUUUGUCAUAAAUUUUAUUAUUGACAGUAAGGUUUUUCAGUAUUUUGGUGGAAGUUAUAUAAUCCAAAGUUGCCUUUAUACCGAUUAAAAUGACUUAUUUUGCUUCCAGUAAAAGGUAUGUUUUCUCUCAUUUCUGCUUUCUUUCUUGCAUGGCAGCAUAAUAAGUUCUAAUGAAAAAGCUUUUAUAUAUCAGAAGGAAAACCACACAUGCCCAGACACAGCACAGUUCAGACGAGUCUAUCCAGCGCUGUUACCCCAGCCUGCUGCUCUCUUGCUCUUUCUACAUUUGGAAUGGUUCGGUGUCAUCCUCCCCUCCUGGCUUUCUCACAGUGGAUGCCAAUUAAUGGUGAUGCUUAAGUGAAGAGAGAAGAGAACAUUUUAUGGCUGCACAUGUUGGAAAAAAUACAAAAAUGGGGAGAGGGCUGCAUUUAGCUUUUGUUGAUUUUUAGGAGUUUUCAUUAACACUGAACAAUGUUCUUACUGUUCUCUGAUUUAGGCCUUGGUUUUAUAAACUGUUUUCAAAAUAGUUUGAUUUUGUUAAGUCUGUUUUCCAGUGUCUGUCUUUAGUUGUCUUGUCUUUAAUGGGGUUAUUUUCUUAUUAGGAAAAAAACAAUUUCCACUUCUAGAAUUAACGUUGAAGGAGCUCUGCAUGUGCUCGGGACCUACUGUGUGCUCCUUUCUCCAGAAUUCUCUGUUUGGGAUGGUUGACACCGUACUUGUAUUAACUGGACAGAAUAGAUCAGUUGAGAGCCUUCUGAUAACACUGGAGGAUCCUGGUCUACAGAUGUAGCCAAUCUGGAUGCUUGAACUUUUUCACCUCUUCAGUGGCUUUCUGAUAUGUCUCAGUCAUAAGUUUGUAGAAAUCGAGCUUCUCUCCCGUCUGGCCUUCAGCUCUUUGAUAGAGCAUCCUGCGGUUCCUUAUCACCUGGCCUUUCAUUCCAGCUGCCAAACCAGAUGCUUUGCCUUUGAGUGUUCCUCCUCAGUGGAUAUCCUUUCCCAAAUGACAACUCUGGUUAACUGCUCAUUGACUGCAGCCCUCUCGUUCUAGGUUCCUCACUUGCUUAUGGCAUCAACAGUUUUUUGAUUACUUCUAGGUUCCAAUGGCAGCUUCUCAGCUGCUUUUCAACUCAUCAUCAAAAAUGGAAGCACUGUACAUGCUACAAUACCAUUGAGAUCUUGAGACAGUGAGAUUUCUUGUUCUGGUCAAAUAUCUUCUGGAAGCCAGAUUCCCUUCACCACAGAAUCUCUUUCUGGUCAAUCUUGAAGGUGCUUCUACUUCUGUUCCCACAGAGUCUGAGAAUGGACUCACAAGUACAUCAGGGACCAAGUAGAAGCCUGGACUCUACUCUUGCCAAAUAAGAGCAAAGCCAUGACCACACCCCUACCGUCUGUAUUCUGAUGCAGUGGUUUUAAGAGCGGCCUAAUCAGUACCAUCAGGAAGGUGGGAACUCAUGGGAUAUGUGGACUCUGUUGCAGAUUUACUAAUCCCCAGUAUUAUUACAGAGGGCAAUAAUCCAAUGGAGAAUCUAAUGUUCAAUUCAUUUCGGAGAUCCUGCUUUUGUAUGUGCAGUACCUUUUACUGUUUAGUUGGUCAUUUCAUAGAAACUUUUUUGUUGUUGUUGUUAGUCAGGAUUUGGUUUUGUAAAUAAGUAUCAACUGAAUUCAACAAAAUCCCGGCAAUAUACGAUAAGUGAGGCGGAUAAACAUUUGAAUCCACUUGGACAUGUGUAGAUGACACUGGACCCCAAAGUCCUCCUUUUCCUCAGAGGUAAAGGUACUGGGUAUCCUCAGACCUUGAUCUUAAGGAUGGGAAAGCUGAUUUAUGCUCACGGAACUGGCAUGUCUUUCUGCUUGUCAGCUAACAAGUAUCAUGUUGGCCCUUGAUGAUCUGAGCCCACUUCACCGGUUUGAUCUUCUCCAAGAGUCACUUGAGUAACAUUAAAGGACUUUUAUAUACUAGGACUUAAUCUGCAAAACUGAAUGGUUUCAUGCACUCAACAUUAUAA